GGAGUUAACCUGUAGCCAAAGUGUUGUAGUUAAUCUUCCCCGAGCUCAGCUCAGAGGCUUCAAAGCGCAGCCACAGGCUCCUGUGUGCGCAACUCUGCUGCGCCCUUUUCCCCCGCAAAGAGACCCUGGAGAUGAAGCUUUCAGUGCUGUCCAAGAAGCUGUGGUGCGUCCGCAAGCAGCUGAUCCUCCUGCUCACUCCUCUGCUCUUCCUGCCUUUGCUUUUCACUCUGCCGGAAAAGGAGGGAAAAUGUCUUUAUGUGGUGGUGCUGAUGGCGAUGUUUUGGUGCACAGAGGCUCUUCCUCUGGCUGUCACUGCGAUGCUCCCCAUCUGCCUCUUCCCAACACUGGGGAUUCUCUCGUCCAAAACUCUGUGUCCUCAGUAUUUCCUCGAGACCAACUUCCUCUUCCUCAGCGGCCUGGUAUUGGCUUCAUCGAUCGAGGAGUGGGGUCUGCAUCGCAGAAUUGCUCUGAAGGUCCUGAGUAUUGUUGGAGUAAAACCUGCCUGGCUCAUUCUGGGAAUGAUGGCGACUUCCUCCUUCCUGUCCAUGUGGCUCAGCAACACGGCCACGACAGCCAUGAUGCUACCCAUCGCUAAUGCUAUCCUGGAGAGUCUGUUUGGAGACCUGGAAACCCUGAAACAGAAGUGCAAGUCCAGAGAGGAUCCAGACAGCGAUGGAAUAAAUGGUCAGUGUACUGUGAAGUUGCAUCCAUUGCCCUCUGAGCCCAUGGAAAAACAAAUACUGUCAACUGAAAGGAUGGAUGCGACAGAGCAGACUGACAGAAGGACAGCUGAGGAGAUCCGAUCAGAGGCGGAGUAUCAAAUGAAUGUAUGGAAAGGAUUCUUGAUCUGUAUUCCAUACUCAUCCAGUAUCGGAGGAACUGCUACGCUCACCGGCACGGCGCCCAACCUCAUCUUUAUUGGACAGCUGAAAAGCUACUUCCCAGACUGUGACGUGAUCAACUUUGGCUCUUGGUUUGCAUUUGCUUUCCCACUCAUGGUCGUCUUCCUGUUUUUGGGAUGGUUAUGGAUUUCAUAUCUCUAUGGAGGAUUGAAUACACGAUUGUGCUUCAAGAGAUAUGACCAGAGAGCCCAGGCAGAGGCCAGAGCCAGGGCUCUCAUAGAGGAAGAUUACCGGAAACUAGGGCCCAUAAAUUUUGCAGAGGGAGCCAUCUCUUUCUUUUUUGUGUUGUUUGCUGUUAUGCUGUUCACACGAGAUCCUAAAUUUGUCACCGGCUGGUCUGUGUUUUUCAAAAAGGGGUACGUCUCGGAUGCGGUCACUGGUGUGGUCAUUGUGUCCAUAUUGUUCUUCUUUCCCUCACAGAAACCCUCUCUGAGAUGGUGGUUUGACCCUCAAGCUUCAAACACUCCAUAUGUUCCUCUCUUAUCAUGGAAGAAAGCCCAGGACUCUAUUCCCUGGAAUAUCAUUCUUUUACUCGGAGGUGGCUUCGCUAUGGCCAAAGCUUGUGAGGAGUCCGGCCUCGCCGCCUGGAUCGGGGGCCACCUCCAACCUUUAGCCGAGGUCCCUCCUGCUGCAGCUGUGAUGCUCAUCACUGCUUUCCUGGCCACGUUCACUGAGUUUGCCAGCAACACAGCCACGAUUAUCAUAUUUUUACCCGUCAUUGCUGAACUGGCUAACCGCGUGUCAGUGAACCCUCUGUACUUCAUGAUACCUGCCACAGUUGGAUGUUCGUACGCCUUCAUGCUGCCAGUGUCUACGCCACCCAACUCCAUCGCUUUUGCAUCGGGACACCUCAUGGUCAAAGACAUGGUGAAGACUGGCUUUGUCAUGAACAUCCUGGGCAUUCUCUCAGUGGCUCUGGCCAUGAACACGUGGGGCGUCGCUAUGUUUAACUUGAACACGUAUCCGGAGUGGGCUCACGGCGGCAACAACACAGAUGUGCAUCUCUCGUCUGUCGCUUCGCUCAAUGGUACUCUCUGACCACUCACCCGAUCACAGCGUGAGCAUAAAUGGAGUAUCCCAAGGACUGUGUACAGAUUUAACACUAAACAGGGACAAGAGUCUGUCUGUAGAUGUCUGCACGGACACAAAAAUGAAAAAUACAAUGGCUUUUUAAUGAGUUUUUUUUAAUGAGGUUUUAUAUUCAAGCAUGGAGGACCAAACCUGCCGUAAUUAGAAAUUCCCCCAAAAUAAAUGCAAUAAUAAAGAAAGUAAUAAUAAAGAAAAUUAGACUUAAAACUUAGCAAUUUAUGAGUAGAUAUACAAGUUAAUUUAAAGUGUGACUAAAUAUGCCCAGAAAAUGAAUUGAAUACAAUUAAUUAACGUAUUAUUCCUUUUUCUGGAGAAGUUGUUUUUUCCCACGGAAUUGGUCUACUGUCGGAGUUUUUGCAGCAGAUUGAAUAUUUUGUUCUCUAGUUGAGUCGCAAGUAGACGUAGGACAAAUUCCCAAAAUUAUAGACUGGCGGCAAAUAAUAUGUGCGGGAAGUAUCACCGCGCACAGAACACACCAGCAGUGGAAACGUGAAUACUGUAGCUUUUCAGCCACAAUGGGGACAUGAGCUGCAUCGUCCUGCCAUGAUAGUUAUUUGUUAUGAAUCUACCUGCAGCCUCAGAUGGGAUGUGCAUUAAUCAAAUGCACAUCCUAUCAUAAACACCUGAGCUGAUCAGAGCCUCUACCUCUUCCCCCUCUCUCCACAGACCAUGUCUGUGUGUAUCUGUCACAUCUUUAUUACUGCUGUGGCUCUUUCUUUUUUGUUGUUGUAGUAGUUAAUAAUAAUGUAUAUUGUGUGUUUACACAUAACUUAUACGUGUGUGAGAUCAGUUUCCAGACUGUAUAAAUCUGUCACUGGCA